CAGCACGUGUAUUCGCGUUUGUUUUGUUCGAUUUGAUUUCAUAUAUGCACAAAUUAUAAAUUUUUCAACUAAAUUAAAAUCAACAAUGAAAAUGAAUAACAAAGAACAUAAAGGUAAAACUAAAAUCCAUAAUGUGCGAUUUUAUAAUUUGACUCCGAGGGCAAUACAAAAUAUGGCAUACAAUAAUUUCUUAAAAAAGUUGGCGCUCUCACGGAACGAUGGUUCUAUAGAAAUAUGGGACAUGCAAUAUAUGCCUUUGUUAGAACGCACUAUUCCUACAACGCCUGGUAAUUCGGUUGAAGGAAUGGUAUGGGUUGGUGAACGUUUGUUUAGCGUUGGUCUUAGUGGAGAAAUAGUUGAAUGGGAUUUGCAAAAGUUAGUUCCACGCCGCAAGCAAUAUGUUACAGGAAACGCUAUUUGGUGUAUUGAUGUCAAUGUAAAGGCUACUCAGCUAGCAGUGGGUACAGAGGAAGGUUAUGUAAAUAUUUUCGAUGUUGAGAACGAUGAGAUGGAUUACAAAAAUCUUUUUGAUAAACAAGAAGGUCGAGUGCUUUGUUGCAAGUUUGAUCAUUCAGGAGAAUAUUUGGUAACUGGUUCAGUGUGUGCUAUACGUAUAUGGAAUGUAAGUAGUGGGCAUGCUAUACACAAGAUGACUGUACGUUCUGAUACGAGGGAAGUAAUAGUCUGGUGUUUACGAGUACUUAAAGACUUCACAAUUAUAUCUGGUGAUUCAAGAGGCAUAGUAACUGUAUGGGAUGGACGCACUGCAACUGAAAUUGAAACGCAUCAAAUGCUAAAAGCUGAUGUAUUAACACUAACAACGAACGAAGAUGAAACUAUGUUAAUGUGCAGUGGAAUAGAACCAAUUAUACGUAUCUAUAGCAAGACGCUUAUAAAACGUGAUGAAAUGGAAUAUCAUCGUUGGGUGAAAUUUUUGCAAAGAAGCGUACACGACCAUGACGUUAAAGCGUUAAUUUGUAUGGAUGAACGUAUAAUAUCUGGUGGCAUGGAUGGAUAUUUAAGUAUAUCGUCAGCUGUAAAAACGAGUUCUACAAUGGCUAAAUAUGGACCAUUUUUACAGGGUUGUUGCUCCAGUAUUGCACCAAAAAAACGUUUGCUGCUUUUGCGCUACACUGACUAUCUAGAGGUUUGGUCACUUGGUAGUACUAAUGGUGAAUAUACCACAACUGUGCAUAGUAAAAGCGAAGAUAAAUUACAGCGUCAGUUGUUGAGAAUCGAUGAGUCGCCAAAGAAGAAUUUUGCAAUGAAAAGCAAAGAUGAAGCGCGUAUUAUUUGUGCUACAAUUUCACCUAAUGCUAAGUGGAUUUGUUAUUCCACAAUAACGGAUACACGUUUGUUUAGAUUUAAAGUCGAUGAGAAGGGUGCAGAUAAACUACAUUUAAUUGAAAAUCUACCUGAACAAUUUUGCGCUGCCUCACUGAUACAUUUCUCAACAGAUUCGAAACGUUUAUAUUUAGUCAGUAGUGAAACACAGAGUAUAUUGGUGUUUGCUAUUCUUAAAAAUAAUGCCGUAGAGUUGGAAUUCAUAACGCAAAUAAAUACGAAGAAGCACAUAAAAGAUAAUAUAAAUUUGUUGGAAGUAUCAGAAGACGACAAAUACAUUGUAGCUGCUGGAUUGGAUCACUCCAUUGCUAUUUGGUCCGAAAAAGAAAAGGGACAUUAUAAAUAUCAGUUCAAUUUGCCAAAGUACAUAGCUGCAACAACGGCUAUUGCUUUGCAUGCCGACUAUCCAUGUUUAGUAGCAACAUUUUCAGAUGGUAGGAUUAUCGAGUACAACAUCGAAGAAAUUCGUUUUACAUGCUCUGAGCAAAACGAUUUGCUGGAUAGUGCAAGGACGCAUUGUACUACAAAAAUCUUAUUAGAUCGACGUUGUUCUGAUUUAUUCGUGUUACUUAAUGAAGAAAAUGUUUAUGCAUUGAAAAAAUAUUUAAAUGAUGAAAUUGAACCUGAAAUAGAACCUAUCAUCAAAAAACAAAGCAAAAAGCACAAAAAACAGAAGUCAGUUUCAUUGGAUCAAAAGACAUCUGGAUUACGUAUGACAUUUAGCAAGAAUACUACGCACUCUUUAAACUUGUCAUGGCUGACGCAUGAGGAUUUGGUAGUUGUUGGUAUGAAUGCCAUGUCACUGAUUGAUCAAUUGCCUAGUGCAUUUAAGCAGAAGAAAUUCGGUAGUGCGUAGUUUGUAAUUUAUAAUUUUUAUGCCUAAACUUCACUGCAGAUUUCAUUAAAAUUCAUGCACUAUGUAAGGUGGAGCCCAAAAGAAAAAAUUGGAACUUAUUUAAAAUAGAUGUUUAAAGUGAGAACAUAUAUUGGCAAUUAUAUGCGUCCGAGUGGUUAAUCGUUUCCUGAUGCACUGUCAGAAAUUCAUGAUAAGUAAACUAUUAGAAGUGGAGUUAUUGCAUCUGAAGUGAAGGUUAUUUAUCCCAUUAGAGUUUACGAGUGGUAUAAGGACUCUAAAAACUAGUGCGGACAUGUAUUAUGAUAAUCGAAUUAAUCGAAAUACGAUAUCGGCUCAGAUUUUAUAAAUAAUGCGGAUAAAUUUAUCGCUCACCCGGAAUCAGGAAAAAAUAAAUUGAAAAUAUGGGUGAUCGAAAUGGAUAUGGAUGACUGCCA